CCCAGCGAGCGGCGAGGUUGCGGGCGAGCUGCGCGGAGCCGCGGAGCUGAGGAGCCGGCAGCGCAGCGCGGCCCGAGCCCGGAGCGGCCCCGCGCCCUGAGCGCCCCGGAGCGGCCGAGCCGCCCCGCGCAGCGCCCGCCGCGGGCCGCGCAGCCCCGGCCGCAGGUUUUCUCCUGCCGAGGGAGCCUUUUUGGAGCUGACCCACCAUAAAAAACCAUCAGAGUAACCUUCAGCCGCAAAGCUGUUGUCCACGUGGACCGGGGCUGACAUCGCACGUCCAUCCGCCAGGACCCCUGUGUCCAGAUUCCGAGACAUGGCCACCAAUGGCAGCAAGGUGGCCGAUGGGCAGAUCUCCACUGAAGUCAGCGAGGCUCCCAUGGCCAAUGAUAAGCCCAAAACCCUGGUGGUGAAAGUGCAGAAGAAGGCCGGGGACCUUCCCGAUCGGGACACAUGGAAGGGCCGCUUCGACUUCCUCAUGUCCUGCGUGGGCUACGCCAUCGGCCUGGGCAACGUCUGGAGGUUCCCCUAUCUGUGCGGGAAAAAUGGCGGGGGGGCCUUCCUCAUUCCCUACUUCCUGACGCUCAUCUUCGCUGGAGUCCCGCUCUUCCUGCUGGAGUGCUCCUUGGGCCAGUACACGUCCAUCGGGGGCCUGGGUGUGUGGAAGCUGGCCCCCAUGUUCAAGGGUGUGGGCCUUGCCGCCGCAGUACUGUCCUUCUGGCUGAACAUCUACUACAUCGUCAUCAUCUCCUGGGCCCUCUACUACCUGUACAACUCCUUCACCACGACUCUGCCCUGGAAACAGUGCGACAAUCCCUGGAACACGGACCGCUGCUUCUCCAACUACAGCAUGGUCAACACCACCAACAUGACCAGCGCCGUGGUGGAGUUCUGGGAGCGCAACAUGCAUCAGAUGACGGAUGGGUUGGAUAAGCCAGGUCAGAUCCGCUGGCCACUGGCCAUCACCCUGGCCAUUGCCUGGAUCCUUGUGUAUUUUUGUAUUUGGAAGGGUGUUGGCUGGACUGGAAAGGUGGUCUACUUCUCCGCCACGUAUCCCUACAUCAUGCUUAUCAUCCUGUUUUUCCGCGGAGUGACGCUGCCCGGGGCCAAGGAGGGCAUCCUUUUCUACAUCACCCCCAACUUCCGCAAGCUGUCAGACUCCGAGGUGUGGCUGGAUGCAGCUACCCAGAUCUUCUUCUCCUAUGGGUUGGGCCUGGGAUCCCUCAUUGCCCUUGGGAGCUACAAUUCUUUCCACAACAACGUCUACAGGGACUCCAUCAUCGUCUGCUGCAUCAAUUCGUGCACCAGCAUGUUCGCCGGAUUUGUUAUCUUCUCCAUCGUGGGCUUCAUGGCUCAUGUCACCAAGAGAUCCAUUGCUGAUGUGGCAGCCUCAGGUCCCGGACUGGCAUUCCUGGCAUACCCAGAGGCAGUGACCCAGCUGCCUAUCUCUCCCCUCUGGGCAAUCCUCUUCUUCUCCAUGCUGCUGAUGUUGGGCAUUGACAGCCAGUUCUGUACUGUGGAGGGCUUCAUUACAGCCCUGGUGGAUGAGUACCCCAGACUCCUCCGCAACCGCAGAGAGCUCUUCAUUGCUGCUGUCUGCAUCAUCUCCUAUCUAAUUGGCCUGUCUAACAUCACCCAGGGGGGCAUUUAUGUCUUCAAACUUUUUGAUUACUACUCUGCCAGUGGCAUGAGCCUGCUGUUCCUCGUGUUCUUUGAAUGUGUCUCCAUUUCCUGGUUUUACGGUGUCAACCGAUUCUACGACAAUAUCCAAGAGAUGGUGGGCUCCAGACCCUGUAUCUGGUGGAAACUCUGCUGGUCUUUCUUCACCCCCAUCAUCGUGGCGGGGGUGUUCAUUUUCAGUGCUGUGCAGAUGACUCCUCUCACCAUGGGAAGCUAUGUUUUCCCCAAGUGGGGCCAGGGUGUGGGCUGGCUCAUGGCUCUGUCUUCCAUGGUCCUCAUCCCGGGGUACAUGGCCUACAUGUUCCUCACCUUAAAGGGCUCCCUGAAACAGCGCAUCCAGGUGAUGAUCCAGCCUAGUGAAGACAUCGUCCGCCCAGAGAACGGUCCAGAGCAGCCCCAGGCCGGCAGCUCAGCCACCAAAGAGGCCUACAUCUAGGGGCGCAGGGCCGCUCGCCGACCCAACACUGUCACCCCCCAACCUGGUUGAAGGCGACCACCACUUGAUGACUGAAGAUACCUUCUAUCUCCACCUACCUCAAGUGGCGAGUCCAGACUCCAUCACCACACCAAGAGAGGGGCGGUGGGGGGGCAGUCAAACCCCUGGGCGGGCCCUGCCAUGGACCAUGUAACCCAGUGGCUUCCAGCAUCCGGCGGGCUGGUGACCUUUCUCAUCGGGGCCCCAUAAGCAUCAAGCGGUCCGUUGACAUUUGUAACUGCCGUGGUAGCUCAUUUUUAUCCCGCCAGUGAGUGUGAGCCGGCCAGGCCAUACACACACACACUCCUGGCUUUUAGUCGUAUUCCUGACUGUUUUAUUGCCGAACCCUGUGACUGUUAUCUUGGACUUUGCAGGAGGUCGGUUCCACCAGACGCUGUUCUGGUCACAGGACAGGGCAUUUUGUAUCAUGGGGACUGCCAGGGAGAGUUUACUUUAGGUGGCAGGGAGCCAGCGGAACUCUGACUUUUCUUUUUUCCUCCUUCCCGAGGCAGCUGGACAAAACAACAACCCCCAAAGACCUCAGUCUGUAUGUAUUCCCAGAGCUGCUUCAUGAGUAGCACGCACAGCAUCCCUUCUUUCCCAAGGGAAUAGACAUCUCUGCAUCUCCAUGUCCCUGUCCCUGUCCUUGCCAGCCAGGCAAUUCUGAUUGGACCUGGGCCAACUACCAUCUAGGCCCCAGAAGGACCCACUUGCUGGGGCAAAAAAAAAAAAAAAUUGCCUCGAGCACAAUUCAUUUCUUUUGAUCACCAUUCCUAGGAAAACUCGAGGCCUCCCU